CCGCCCGGCUCCCGGGCGAGGGCGGAACCGGAAGUUGUGGGGGACGCCCCGGUGCUCAGCAUGGCGGCCGCCUGGCCCUCCAGGCCGGCUGCUCCCGACACAGUGGCCGCCCGGUUCCUCGGUGUCCUGUGGUUCAUAUCAGCCACCACUGGACCUUGGGGAGCUGCCGCCGGCGGCAGCGAGGAGCCACUUAAGUGCGAGGACCUCAAAGUGGGACAAUAUAUUUGUAAAGAUCCAAAAAUAAAUGAGGCUACACAAGAACCAGUUAACUGUACAAACUACACAGCUUAUGUUGAAUGUUUUCCAGCACCCAACAUAACUUGUAAGGAUUAUGGUGGCAAUGAAACACAUUUUACGGGAAAUGAAGUUGGUUUUCUCAAGCCCAUACCUUGCCGGAAUGUAAAUGGCUAUUCAUACAAAGUGGCAGUUGCACUGUCUCUUUUUCUUGGAUGGUUGGGAGCAGAUCGAUUUUACCUUGGAUACCCUGCCUUGGGUUUGUUAAAGUUUUGCACUGUAGGGUUUUGUGGAAUUGGGAGCCUAAUUGAUUUCAUUCUUAUUUCAAUGCAGAUUGUUGGACCUUCAGAUGGAAGUAGUUACAUUAUAGAUUAUUAUGGAACCAGACUUACAAGACUAAGUAUUACCAAUGAGACAUUUAGAAAAACGCAGUUAUAUCCAUGAAUAUUUUUAAAAGAAACAGAUUUGAGCCUUCUUGAUUUUGAUAGAGAACUCUCAAUAUGUAAAUUCCCAGGUUUUCUUUUUCCUUCUUCACAUACCACUUUAUGGAUUCUUUUUAAUUUUUUGUUGCUGAUGUUUUUGUUUUGUUGUUUUAGUUAAAAGCAUAUCAAUCUGAGAUUUAUUUACUAGGAUUUUCUUUGAGAGCUGCAUGAUAAUAGAGUCUUUUCAGGCUACUGUCUCUGAGAUAGAUGACUUCCUACGCUGAUAUUCUUUAAUGCUUUUCCCAAAGGCAAGUUGCCUCUUGUCAUCUUCACUUCUGAAAAAUAAAAUUAUACUUACUCCAAUUUUUAGUGCUUUAUUAUUAAGAAAAUCAUCUUAAACAUUGAAUAUUGCUGUCUUCUGCAUUUUGAUCCUUCAAAGCAGUUAAUCCAUGAUGCAAACAAAUACCAUUUAUAUUGCCUGGGGCUGCAAUCUUGUAUAUGACAACCCACCUGUUUUUCCUGACACUUUCAGAUCCGUAUUUGCCUUGGUAUCUAUCCAAAGAGCUAAAGAUCAUCACGGAGUCUGAAACCAUGAGGCAACAUGGAUACUUCUGGCAUUGAUUCAGGCCUCUGAAGUGUGGACUUUUUCCUUUUUGCUUUGGAAGUGAUACACUAGCUUUUGGAGGACGAGAUACUGACUCAUCUAGCUCAGUGCAGUUAUAUUUGAAGCCGGCUGGACAAGGUGGGAACACCAAACAGAUGAAUAAUGUCUUCCAUCUGUUAGCACUGCCCAGCAGAUGCCGGCACAAGUGUCUUAAGUGAUGCACCAGUGUCUGGAGGAAGCAGCACCUGUACGUUAGCACUGGUUUUUCUUCCUGUGUUUAGAAGGGUUUUAAGAGAUGGAAAUACAAGAAAUGUUAUGUCCCUAAAAUUCUGUCAUACUCUUAACUUUAGUAACAGGCAUACCAAUUUCAAAAUUACUGGCAUCUGGGCUCCCCAAAAGUAAAAAGCGUAAUUUUUCAUCCCUCAUUUCACUCAUAAAUAUACAGUAUAGUCCAGUUAGCUUCAUAACAUGUUAGACAUUCAGUAACAGCUUCUUCAGUUGGUAGAUUAUUUAAGUAUUGAUAUAUGAAGUGAAUUUGGAUUGACUCCUAAUAUAUACCCGGAAUGGUGUCUGAUUUGUUCAUUAAUGAAAAUACUGAGUGUCUACCAUGUAUUUUAUUUAUUUGUUAUUUAUUUAUUUAUUUUUAUGGUCGUGCCCAUGGCAUGGCAGAAGCUCCUGGGCCAGGGACCGAACCUAUUCCACAGCAGUGACAACGCCUGAUCCCCAAUCCACUGAGCCACACGGGAACUCCUGGGAGGCACUCUUCUAGAUUCUAGGAUACAGCAGUGAACAAAACACAAGCUCCCUUCGGGGCUUACAUUUCCUUGGGAUUCACUUUCUCAGUUAAGCUUGAUGUCCAUUUGCUAGUAUUCCGAAGUUCCUUUUGGUUGCAAAUAGUGCUUUGAAGUUUCUUUCAGGAUCACCUAAGCUCAGAUCUUAAGUCUUUUAAGUUGCUACAGCCAUAUACAUAUAAUUACAUAAGAAAUACUUGCACUUAAAUCUUGAAACUAAUCUUGCUUUCCGUGUAAUUGUUAUAAUUAACUUGACCAGGUAUGAAGUCUGUUUCAAAGCAAGUGUUUCUAAAAGUAUUUAUUUACAUAAACUGUGCUCUGAAAGAGUUGUUGGUAAAAAUCUAGAAGUAAAGUCCCUUCCCAGCACACUCUUAACCUUUAGACUUUAUUUUCACUAUACUUUUCUUAAUUUAUAUGACAAGAACACUUUAGUUUUUCCAGUCUGUAUUUUCCCUGUUGCCUAACAUAUGUAAUUUUUACAAAUAGGUUUUUUUUGGUCUUUUUUUUUUUUUUUUAAUGUGAUUGCAUUUAAAGUAUGUGCAUGCAGUUCUGUUUUUUGGUGUUUGUUUUAGUUUCAUGGAGCACUGUAUUAUUACGGCUAUUUAUUUGUUAGCAGUGUGUGUGUGAAUGAAGUAUAUAUUAUGGCCUUUAUAUGAGGUGUUUUAUAUGAUAACCCUGCUUUUAGAACAGUGACCACAAUUGCGAGAUGGAUCAGUUUAGUCAUUCCUGAUUACUUCCAAACCCUCUAAAGUAAGGUGGAAAGGUUUCUUUGACUUCUAUAGAAAUAGUGUUUCUACAGGAGCAUUUACAAAUGGUACUAUAGCCUGAAAGGAUUAAUACAAUAUCCAAAAGUACCUCUUUACCUAGAAAGAUUUCUUACCUUCUCUCAUUAAGCUAAAGGACCUUUUUAAGAUUUCAAAGAUUCUGUUAGGUCUACAGCCAGCAUUUGUUCAUAGGACCCCUGCUAAGACCAGGAGAAAUACUAGUUUGGGGGUAUGUUUUGUUUCACAAAAAUUUUCUGGAGUUCCCAUCAUGGCUCAGCAGUAACGAACCCAACUAGUAUCCAUGAGGAUGUGGAUUCGAUCCCUGGCCUUUCUCAGUGGCUUAAGGAUCCUGCAUUACCAUGAGCUGUGGUGUAGGCCAGCAGCUGUAGCUCUGAUUCAAACCCAAGCCUGGGAGCUUCCAUAUGCUGUGGGUGUGACCCUAAAAAAACAAACAAAAAAUUUCUGUGUUUUUUCCCCCUUAUUAUAACUUAGAUAGUUAAAGCUAAGUAUUAUUAUACAGACAGGCAGCUAGGAGGCUAAAAUAAAUCUAAUGGCAAGAAACUAGCAAAAAAAAAAAAAAAAGUUCAUAAAAAGUACAAGCCUAAGAUGUUGGUUCAUCUUUCUUAUUCACAUACCUUAAAUGUAGGUAUUCCCAAAGGUUCUGGUACCUUCCUUCUUCCUUUCUUUAAAUAAGCGUCCAUUUUGCUUUUUUUCUAUUUACAAAAUUAAUAUAAACUUAACGCAGAAAUUUUGGAGUAACACAUAAAAGCAAAGAAAAAAUUCAUUCCAGAGCUCAAAGAUAACAGUAUUUUUGUAUAUGUCCUAGUAGUUUUUCCAUGCCUGUAUGUUUAUCUUUCUUCACAAAAAUGAUGUAUUAUCCAUACUGUUUUGUAGCCUGCUUCUUCUUCUUGUAAAGAUUUUUCUAUUUCAGUAAAUAAUCUUUUACAAAAUUA